GGUGUCAGUUUGUUUUGUGCACGAGUUACAAAACAUUACCUGAACCUUUCUGUUACUAAAGCGCUGUUUCGAAUAGCAGUUAUGGACGCUAUUCUUGAGACAUUAUUCUCCUCGGAGGAGCAAGAACUGUACGUUUUGGAUUGUUUAUCGUACUUGAUGAUGGUUAUGGCAGUCAUAACUUUUGUGACUUUACUCUUUGAGCACGUUCCCUAUGGCAGAUAUGCAUCGAGCAGGUAUGGAUUCCCUGUGAAUGUCAAAUUGGCCUGGUUCGUUCAGGAGCUGCCGGCUUUUCUGGUGCCUUUGAGUUUGGUGCUGUGGAGUUCAUGUGCAAAGAUAAUGCACCUGCCCAACCAAUUACUUCUGCUCAUGUUGUUUUGCCAUUAUGUGCAAAGGGCCCUCAUUUACCCAUUUUUAAUUCGAGGAGGGAAAUCCACACCAUUCAUCUCAUUUAUCCUGGCCUUUGUCUUCUGCAUCUAUAAUGGGUACCUGCAGGCAAGAUAUUUGAGCCACUAUGCAGAUUACCCACCUGGUUGGGUUACACAUCCCUGUUUCAUCAUAGGAUCUUCUCUGUGGUUCGUGGGAUGGAUCAUUAAUAUUCACUCUGACCAUAUUCUCAGGAACCUCCGCAAGCCUGGAGAGACAGGCUAUAAGAUACCUAGAGGAGGCUUGUUUGAGUUUGUGUCAGGAGCUAACUUCUUUGGUGAGAUUGUGGAAUGGGCUGGAUUUGCUCUGGCCGGUCACUCGAUACAUAGUGCAGCUUUUGCUCUCUACACUUUCAUUGUGCUGUCCAGCAGAGGAAUGGACCACCACAAGUGGUAUCUCACAAAAUUCGAAGACUAUCCAAAAACAAGGAAAGCGUUAAUACCGUUUGUGCUCUGAUCCUGUGUUGAUUCCCCUCAGAUGUUCGUGGUCAAUCUGGAGCUGUUGGAGGUGUCACGUCGGGCGGUGAGCAAUCUGUCCGCCCGUUCUUUGGAGAAAUAACCCCAGCCUCAGGCAAAGCAAUGAUGAAACCCCGCUGCAAACCACAUUGCAUGCAUACAUAACCUUUUGCAACACCGAGCAACCCCCUCACAUGGGGUUUAGGCUUUGAGUGAUGUAGAAGCAUGCCAAAGACUUACUAAAUAAUGUAACAUUCAAGACUUGCAGCAUUGAAAAGUCACUGUAUGGAUUAACCAACUGUGCAUGCAGUGUGACAGCAAUGCACACCAAUGGUGAGCACACGACACGAGAUGUGUGUUCUGACAGUGCCGGGCUUCCCCCAUCUUACACAUGCUGCACGUGAGCUGAAGGCAAAGCAGUGGUUGCGUAAUCACCGUGGGAGGAGCUUAUCGCUGCUUUCUUCUUCAGCAUGUCAGAUUAUGAUUUAUUAUCAUCAACAGAGAAUGGGUGUUUUUUCCUCGAAAGCACGAUGGCAAUUUAGCCAUUAGGGCUCCCUUAUUUCCAGGAUUUU